CUGAACUCUCGCGAUACUACGAGGCGGAAGACAUCAGCCGAAUCUUCCGUAUCAGAGUACUAGUCAACUGGAGCCGCUUAUGUUGUGCAGCAACCAGCGACCGUUUCUAGCGACAGGAGGGGAGUGAAGUGUUUGUUUUCAUAGUAAACCGGUGAAGGAAAGCCGCUGCUCGUUCGUCUUCGGACACACGGUCGUUUUUGCCUGCUCGGUGGAGGAUUAAGUGUGUUUUCAUGUUGUGCAGUUUACAGUGUUUGCGUGAAGACUUCCAACUGGCGAAUCGCAUCAGUUCGCCCGGAGGGUCAUCGUCAGCGACGACACCCUCUGCUCCGCUAGCGUCAACUGUUUAGAAAAUGACCGGAGAGAAGAUCCGCUCCCUGCGCAAGGAUCACAGGCCGAGCAAGGACGAGGAUUUACUGGAGCCGGACGAGGAGGCUGCAACCGGGACGUUCGCCGCCUCCAAGGCGAACAACAAGAGCAGAGCGAGUAAAAUCUUCAGCAACCACAAGUUAAUCAAGUCUUCAUCUACACAGCAGCAGCAGCAGAACCAACAGUCGCAGAUUAAUGCCAACACCACCACACAGUCAACAUCGGAUGUCAUCGAUGACAACAACAAAAACCCCAUCAUCCGAACCGGGCAGGACUUUCCGGUGCACGAAUGUGUGUUUAAAGGAGAUGUCCGACGCCUGUCUUCACUCAUACGGACGCAGAAUAUCGCCCAGAAAGACGUCCAUGGAAACACACCGCUGCAUCUCGCCGUCAUGAUGGGGCACAAAGAGUGUGCACACCUGCUGCUGGCCCACAAUGCACCAGUGAAGGUAAAGAACGCUCAGGGAUGGAGCCCCCUUGCCGAGGCCAUCAGCUACGGAGAUCGACAAAUGAUCACGGCGCUGCUGAGGAAGCUGAAGCAACAGUCCAGGGAGACUGUGGAGGACAAGAGGCCCAAGCUGCUGAAAGCCCUGAAAGAGCUUGGAGACUUUUACUUGGAGCUUCACUGGGACUUCCAAAGUUGGGUGCCUUUGCUCUCCAGAAUCCUGCCUUCAGACGCCUGUAAGAUCUACAAGCAGGGCCUCAACAUCAGAUUGGACACAACCCUGAUAGACUUCACAGACAUGAAGUGUCAGCGUGGGGACCUCAGUUUCAUCUUCAACGGAAAUGCCAUCCCCUCUGAGUCUUUUGUUGUGCUUGACAACGAACAGAAAGUCUACCAGCGGAUACACCACGAGGAGUCCGAGAUGGAGACAGAGGAGGAAGUGGACAUCCUGAUGAGCAGCGACGUGUACUCUGCCACACUCUCCACCAAGUCCAUCACCUUCUCAAGGGCGCAGACCGGCUGGCUGUUCAGAGAGGACAAGACGGAGCGCGUGGGAAACUUUCUGGCAGAUUUCUACUCUGUGAACGGCCUGGUGCUGGAGUCCAGGAAGAGACGAGAGCACCUGAGCGAGGAGGACAUCUUGAGGAACAAAGCCAUCAUGGAGAGCCUGAGCAAAGGAGGGAACCUGAUAGAGCAGAACUUUGAGCCGGCGAGGAGGCAAUCUCUAACUCCUCCUUCACCCAACACUAUAUCCUGGGAAGAAUACAUCACUGCUGACAAUGGAAAAGCUCCUCAUCUAGGUCGAGAGCUGGUCUGCAAAGAGAGCAAGAAAAACUUCAAAGCCACGAUAGCCAUGAGUCAAGACUUCCCUCUGGGCAUCGAAUCGUUGCUGAAUGUUCUGGAGGUGAUUGCACCCUUCAAGCACUUUAAUAAACUCAGGGAGUUUGUUCAGAUGAAGCUCCCCCCUGGCUUUCCUGUCAAGCUCGACAUCCCUGUCUUUCCCACGAUCACAGCCACCGUGACGUUUCAGGAGUUCCGCUACGACGAGUUCGAUCAGACCAUUUUUACCAUUCCCAACGACUAUAAAGAAGACCCCAGCCGCUUCCCCGACCUUUAACCUCUCAAGCUCGAGCAGGAAACAAACAUGCAACAAGGCGACAUUAUGCUACAAACCAGACUUUUUGAAUUACAACAGGAAACACGGAGGGAAAAAACAUCGUUUCUCGACACUUCAUGGAUUUCCAUCUCCCAUCCCAACCCUGAACACAAACAGCAACACGACGACCUGAGUUUGAUACAGGACUUUAAAAUCGGAUGGAGGCCCACUGUGGCAGAGAGGUCGACAUCUGCUCAUGUUAGAGAGGUUUUUUUAAGCUCAGUGUUGAAGGUUUUUACUCACACCUUCAGAUUUGGUUUAAUCCAGCAGCCGAGGCAGGAAGUGCAACUAGCGUGGAGCUGAGAGGCCGAACGUCUCGUCAGCAAGAGAGCAUUGGGAUUUAAAGAAGUGACAGCAGAGCAGGUGAGUUUUCUGUAUACGGGGUAUGAGUAGAAGACAGAAAGACAGUUCAGUUGAUGCUUUGUAUUUAAGUAUGUACGUAAUGUUUUUAAAGGGAAUGUGUUGAACUGACCUGUAGUAAAGCACUGAUAUUACUGUGUGAGCCGCUCUGGAGGAAUUCCACCAAAAAUGACUUUUUAGGCUUUUUUUCCUGCGUCAGCAGACUUUAAGAAAUUUGUUAUAUAGACGUCAACACGGCAUUAAAUUGUAUAUAAUAAAAUGCACACCUAAAAGAAUGAUAUUAUAAUGAAAUCACUACUUUUUGCACUCAUUUCUUUAACAAUUUCAAAUUUAGAAAUGUUUCCAGAGAUGUCACAACACUGAAAAUCAGUUUUGGAAAAUGUUAAAGUCAAGUGGCAUCUUUAGUAGGUUAAAAACCUAAAAAUCAGUUUUUGCAGAAUUCCUUUGUGUGUGUGUGUGUGUGUGUGUGUGUGUGUGUGUGUGUGUGUGUGCGUGCGUGCGUGUGUGCAUGUGUGUGUGCGUGUGUGUGUGUGUUAGAGAGAUGUCAAUGGGCAUGGAGUAGCAUCACUGAACUUUCGGGCACUAUUUGGAUCCACUACAGCCACUCUACAUUCAGUUGAGUUCAUCAACACUCAUCUUGUGAUACUCAACCCUUUUAUCCUGCAUUUGAAAUAUUAUAGUUUAAUCAAGGCAACGCUAGAAAUGUUGCAGUUUUUAUGGUACCACAAAGUUUUCUCUUAGUUUGUUGGAGUGGCUGCGUGUGUAAGUAAUCAUGUCUAAGCCUUUUGUUUCUUACUACACCUUUGUAAACUAUGUAACAAACUGUACAAUUGUGCUAAAAAAAAGAGAAGUGGGGAUUGUAUACUAAGUAGAUAUUAGGGAAUAAAUGAAUGACAACAACAUUCAUGCCAUUUUUACACCCUAACGACAAGAACCAGGCAUUUCCCCCUGCACAGUAUGUAAAUACAUGUUUUAUGAGCCUUUGUCUUUUAUGUUCUGUUUUCUUAUUCUUUGUGCUGAUGAGUUUAAGGUGUCCUCUGCGAGAGGAGGAGCUGCAGAUUUUUUUUUUUUUUUUUAUGUAGCGUCACUAGUUAAUUAAGAGUUUGUUGAUUUGUAACAUGGUGGCUGUUGCUAUUUUUGUACAUACUUGUAAUGUUUUAAAGGAAAAAUGAAUCUCUUAAUUCUUCUGUCGUUAUUUCUUUUACCACUUUAUCUGAUAACCUGAGCAACCUCCUCCAGAUGUGUUUAACAAUCAUGUCCACAAAGUGAAAAGCACAAAGCACAGAGCUUCCUCUGGAAAUAAGUGCAGGUGUUGACUGGAGCCUGGAGAAGUUAAACUCUAAAGGGGUUUAUAGUUGCUGCUGCUGCUGCUGCUUUGGUUUAUGAGCUCUUAAUCAUGUCGAUACAAACAGGUGUUGUGCUCACGUUUGUUCCUCAACUUGCCUGAUCCUGGAGUGUAAAUGAGAGUAAAAUGAAGGUGUACUACACAGAUGUGGUGGCUCAAAGUGUUAUUAGAACAUUUAGCUUUCUACAUCCAUAUUCAGUAUCAGUAUAACCAAAUACAGUACAUUACAUUGUUCAUAUUACGUUCCUCAGUAUAGGCAAGUGCAGCUAACGCUACUGGAAGUGUGCCUCCUCACUGACAUAACGCUUUACAUUUUAUUUCAUGCUCCUUCCUGUCUUCAGCUGAUUGAAUUUUCCACGUUUUAAGUAGGAAGUUAAUCCAUCUACAUGUCCGUUUUACAGCAAAAACUGUUGUAUAACUCUGCGACACUAUUUUCAUAUAAAAUGUACUAAAAUAAAAACUCCACAUAA